AACGUCGAAAAACCGUUUUGUGUCAAUGUCAAAACUUGUUUGAAAUUGGAAUUUGUGAAGUUCGUUAAGUUAAAAAUUUACUAUCAAAAUGUUUGCUGCUACAAAAUUUACUCCUACACCAAGGAAAUUGAGAAGAGAAAAAACUACGUUGUCUUCAAGUUCCGAAUCAGAAAAAGAACCAGUCCACGUUUAUUGUCGAUUACGACCUCUCAUAAAAGGCUCUGAACCAGCAAUGAAACUACUGUCUCCCCAGGAAGUUUCUGUAAUAUCUGAAUACAAAGGAAUAAAAAAAGAAAUACGUUACAGGUUCAAGCAUAUAUUUACAUCUUAUUCCACCCAGAAAGAAAUUUUUGAUCAUCUAGCUUAUCCUCUACUGGAAGAUUUGCUUAAGGGCAAAAACGGUCUCUUAUUCACUUAUGGCGUUACAGGAUCAGGAAAAACGUACACUCUUACUGGUGAUGAAAAUAAUCCUGGGAUAUUGCCGAGAUGUAUUUAUACCAUAUUCAACACUAUAGGUGAGCUACAAGCUCCGAAAUUUAUUAUAAAGUCUGACAGAAUGAACGGUUUUGAAAUACAGACAGAGGAAGACGCUGCACAAGAUAGAUUGGCAGAAAAUCGAACUGUAGGAAAAACCCCCAAGAAUAACAGAAAAUUAAAUGUGGAUAAAGUUGAUUUCUGCAAUGAAGGCACGAAAAUUCCUCUUGUCAAUGAAAAUAACAUAUAUGCUGUAUUCAUAACAUAUAUUGAAAUUUAUAAUAAUAACGUCUAUGAUUUGCUGGAUGAGUCUCAGAGUGGUAAAACUUUACAAAACAAAAUAUUACGAGAGGACAGUCAGAGGAACAUGUACGUAAAUGGAGUUACAGAAGUAGAAGUUAAGAGUUCCCAAGAGGCUUUUGAGGUGUUUAGUGCAGGCCAGAAGAGAAAAAAAAUGGCAUACACUAAUUUGAACGCAGAGUCAAGUCGAAGCCACUCCAUAUUCACAAUAAGAAUAGUACAGUUGGAGCAAAUAACAUUUAAUAGUGAUGGAAAACCUAUUAUCCCUGAGAAAAAUUUGCUUACUGUGGCUCAGUUGAGUCUGGUUGACUUGGCAGGAUCCGAGAGGACAAGUAGGACACAAAACACUGGUGCAAGGUUGAAAGAAGCUAGCUGUAUAAAUAACUCCUUAAUGAGUUUGAGAACGUGUCUGGAAAUCCUUCGGGAGAACCAGCGGUCAAAAAUAAACAAAGUUGUCCCAUACAGAGACAGCAGACUUACUUACCUUUUCAAAAACUACUUUGAAGGUGAAGGUAAUGUGCAGAUGAUAGUAUGUGUAAAUCCUUCCUUCAGUGAUCUAGAGGAAAACUUGCAUGUGAUGAAAUUUGCUGAAAUGUCACAGGAUGUUAAAAUAGUAAAACCAACACCAAAGCAAACUUCUGUUAAUAUCAAAAAAACUAUUACAAAAAGAAUUGCUACGCCUGCCAAAGUGAAUACACGAGCUCUUUUCUCUGUUAUGCCAGAGCUUCCAUGGGUGAAAUUUAACUUUGAUGAUAUCGAUGAAUGUGGAACAACUAUUGACAGUGUAAUAAAGGCCUUGAAACUAACUAAGCCAAAAGUUAAAGAAUUGAACACCGAAAUAAAAAACUCUAGUUCCGAUUUUCGAAAAAAACUUGUUGAUAUACAACAUGAUUGUUUGAAGAAUGAACAGGAUGCUAAUAGAUACAAAGGACAGUUUCAUGUGUAUAAACAAAAAAACAACAUGCUUCUCAGUAAAAUAACCAAUUUAGAAACAAUAAACAGUAAUCUGGAAGCUAAAAAUGAAGAAUUUCAGGAUGUCAUCAGAUCUCUCCAUAAUACUAUCAAUGAAAAAGAUUUGAAACUGAACCAAAACAUCCUUGAAAAAGAGAAAGUGAAGCAAAAAAUUGCACUAGCAAGCGAGAAGAUGAGUCAAGAGUUGGACUCAAAAUUGAAAAAACAGAGGGAUCAUAUAAAUGCCGCAUGGAAAGCUAAAGAAAUUCAACUUCAAAAGGUUAGAGAAGCACUACAAACUGAAGUCAUUGUUGAUCCUGCAGAACUAGAAAUGGAGAAUAUUCCUCCGCAGACACCCAAAACGCCUUCCUCUGAAUACUCACGUAGAAUUGUAAAUGGUUGUAACUCUAGGCGUAGAAGAUCUCGAUCUGCAGAUGAGGUUUGGUUGGAACACAAUUCGAUCAAACCAGUACCUUUGGGAACAGUCAUGCAACCCUCAAUGAAAAAACGGAAAUCGGUGUCCAAGUUGACGAAAGCUACCGAUGUUACCAAUCCCAAACAAACAAAAUAUUGUUUAUUGGCACAAGAUCAAGAUACGGAUGGGGAAGUUGAAACAAAGUUGUACAAAGCUGACAUAGUACCUACCUGCGGAGGUGGGGCCCAAGUAAUUUUCAAUGACGUUGAAAAACUCACGCAACAAUCUCCUACGGCAGAAGAUUGAAGAUUUUCUCUUUGUCCAAUUUUAAAUGUACAUAUUUAUUGUAGGUUUUAAAAAAUUUUAUAAAAUUGUUUAUAGGUCUUGGUACUUAAUACAUUUUGGGUUUCCAGUGAUUCCAGUAUUUAUGUUUCUGUGUUGUAGGCUUAAAUAAAUAGUUGAAUAGUU